AUGACGGUCAUAACCCGCACCCGUCUAAAAGACGGCCUCACCUUCUCCCCGGCCGACGUCGACACCCCCGAGUCGUCGGGCAUGGGCGUGCUCAUCGGCCUGCUCUCGGCGUUCGGCUCCGCGGCGCUCGUGGCCGCAAUCUUUGCCGUCAUCUACUUUUUUCGCUAUACGUCGCGCGGGCGCAUCCUGCUGGACCGGAUAGGGCGGCCCGGCGAGUAUGAUGAUGAGCAGGCGCUGGCGAGGGAGGAGGCGGAUGCGCUGGAGGAGAUGGACGAGAUCUCGAGGGAGGACUAUUUUAGGGCGAAGGCGUUCAUAGAGGCGAACCCGCCUGACUCGGUGCCGACGGAUAUAUCGCUGUCGCAGUUCCUGGCGAUCCAGGAGAAGGGCGUGUCGGCGUGGGAGUUUGAGGCGGAGCUCGAGAUUGCGAAUUGCUUUGUGGAGGCCCGGACGGAGAUUGAGUUCUACGACAGCGUGUGCUCCGUGCAGAGCAAUCUACCGGUGCCGAAGCAGAACGAGGUGUAUUACUGGGAGGCGAAGCUCUACGAUAAGCCCGAGAGCACGCUCGUAUCAAUUGGCAUGACUACGAAGCCGUACCCGAUGUUUAGACUGCCUGGCUGGCAUAAGCACUCAAUCGCCUACACCUCGACCGGCCACCGCCGCCACAACCAGCCCUUCAACGGCACAACCUACGCGCCCCCCUACCACCAAGGCGACGUCAUCGGCGUCGGCUACCGUCCCCGCACCGGCACAAUCUUCUUCACGCGCAACGGCAAAAAGCUCGACGACGCCGCCCACGGCCUCAAGUCACUAAACCUCUUCCCCACCAUCGGCGCAAACGGGCCCGCAUCCAUCCACGUCAACUUUGGCCAGCUCGGCUUCGUCUUCAUCGAAGCAAACGUCAAGAAAUGGGGGCUCGCCCCCGCCUCCGGCUCCCUCGCACCACCACCCCCAUACGGCUCCGAGCAGGGCAGCAUCCUCCUCGAGACGGGCCAGCGCGGUCAGCAGCUACAGCAGCAGCACCACCAGCACCACCAGCAGGGAUACUUUGAGCACCCGCCCCACCGCCGCCGCCGCCGCCACCGCCACAAUCGGACAUCGUCGUCGGCGGUCACGCCCACGUCGCCGGGCCCGCAGAGGAGCCCCACGGAUAUCUCGUUGGCGAACAUCAGUUUUGAGGCGACGCAGGCGGCGCGCGGCGCGAGCCCGCCGCCGGAUUAUAGCUCGCAGGACAGCUCGAGCGAUAGCAGCGAUGACAGCGACGAGGAUGGGAGGAGGAGGGUUGGGGAGCGGGAGAGACUGCUGGCCGUGGUUAAUGUGGGGAGACGGUCGCCGACGCCGGCGUAUGGAGAUGUGGUGAGGGAGGGUGCUGGAGGGGGGGUUGGGGGGAGAGGGAGGAGUGGGAGUGCGCCGGCGGGGCCGAGUGGUGGACAUGCGGCGUUUAGGGUGUUUUAG